AUGGCGAGAAGCAAACAAAUUAAAAAGAAGAACGAGGGCAAAAGGAAACCGCAUUCCCCCAAGCCCACGAAAUCUAAGAACGGCAGACUGAAGCAGAAAGCCACAAACAAGUACAAUUCAAAAGCGUUGGAGAGUAUAUACGGUUCAAUAACUCGAGAAUCCGCGAACUGGGGGAAGCGAACGCGAGCAAUGAAUGAGCCAUCCUAUCAAGGAAAGCCUUAUGCUCAGCAGGGUUCCAAAAAACGCCAGAGACCAAACUACAACGUAUCCAAGAACAAUAACCGGAAAUCUCCACCUCCAAAGCCCCAAUUUCAAUUGCGAAUGCCACCUACUGUUCCAGUUGGCCAAAUACCUUGGUGGACGAAACCUACCUCGAAACCAUCGCAGAAGAAAAUGAAGCUUUUGGAUGAAAUCAAAGUGGAUCCUCAAUCUAUGUGUGUACUGGACCAUGAGCUCGAGGCGUUUUCCAAAUAUGUACAGCUGUCGACCAAAGAGAUUGAAACCAGAGAGAGCCUGAUCGAGACGAUUCGUAGUGAAGCAAAAGAAAGAUUUGGAAUUAAAGAUUCCGACGUGAAAGUCUUUGGAUCGUAUGCUGCCCGACCUGUUUGCACUUUUGAAAGUGACGUAGACCUUGUUAUUUGGGGGCUCGUGGAAGAUCAGCCUUCGAGGGACGAUUCGGAAAUCGAAGAAGAAUACCCAGUCCUGAAAGACACUGCCCCUUUGCCUCAACUCCAAGAGCCCCAACUUGCACACAAGGAAACCAAGAUUAUGAAAUGGAAAGCUGCAAUUGAUGAAUUCGAAAAGCAGCUAGCACAGGUGUCAGAAAAGAAUAAUGGCAAAACAGAAUCGAAAGUGAAUUCUAAGAAGAAACCAGCAACUUUAGGAAUCCAUGCGGGCAAGGAUGAUAGUGACACUGCAGCAACCGCAUCAAAUUCCGAGUCGCCUAUCUCCGAGAAUGAUCAGUUCGAAGACGCAGAUGAGAAAUCGUCAACAAAUGAAAUUGCCGUUGAGACAAAGGUUACUAUAGAAGAAGAAACAUCUUUCUUUGUCAUUGAUCGCGUCGGCGACGAGUCUGAGGCCAAAGCAGAUGACACCAAGGAUGACAGCGCACCUCUGUCUCCCCUGAAAGACAAAAUGCUUACGGCAACUGGUGUCGCUGCCGAUAGUGACGACGACACAGCGGAUAAACUGGAAGGCCUAGAGAGUAGAGAAGCAUCAAAACUUGACACAUCUGGGGAUGGUAGUGAGUUUCCUGGUAUGGCUUUGCUGGAUGCAUUUGGCGAGGGGGUAUACUUUGAGGAGGCGAGGGAUGCACUUGACGAUGAUGAUAACGAUGACGACGAAGAAGACGAACAAGAGGAAGAUCUCAUUGAGACACCAAAGAAUCGAUCACGUAGCCAUAGUCUCGUGAGCCUUUCGUCGGCAACAACGUGCAGUGAUAAUCAAAUGAUAAAUGAGGAUGGCAUGGAGGUUUCGUUCGUCACGAAUGCCACUUCAAGAUCCAUCAUCUCGCGACGGCCACAGAAGUUGAGCGACGGCGUUCGACUGGUUGUCAAUUCGAAACUGAACCAACUCUCCAAGAGAAUACGCAAAUCUGGGGUUGCAACAUCGAUCGAAUUGCGCAAGUGGGCAAGAGUACCGAUCUUGAACAUGAAGACGCGAUACGGAUACGAAUGCGAUAUCGGUGUCGGGGGACACAACGGGAAUGAUACUAGUGCAUAUGCUGGAGCGCAGAUUUCCCAACACCCAAGUUUUGCUCCAGUAGUCAUGCUACUGAAGAUCCUUCUGAACCAGCAUGACUUGGACAAGCCUUUCACUGGUGGACUUGGUAGCUUCAAGCUUUAUGUCCUUGUUGCCAAUCAUAUCCAACAACACCUCACAUGCGUAGGAUCUGCUACUUCGUCAGAGAUUCUGAUGACAUUUUUCUAUAGAUAUGGAGACAUUCGGAGUUAUCGACAUGUCGAUCCAAAUGCAAGGACCGACUUGAUGAGAAUUGAUGCUGUUCACUGCCACGAUGGUGGAGUUGUGGAGGUCAGCCAAGUGUUCCAAAUGGAGAAUUGCGUUGCCGUUUUCCGAUCAUGUUGGUGGACACUGAUGAAGGCACUCUCCAGCCCGACGACGACUUCCUUACUCCGGCUAAUAGUGGAUGCACGACGUCUACGGCAGAGACGAGAGACUGCCAAUAGCAUGAAUUCAUUUACGCAUCAUCGCCAAACCCAAAGUCAGCUGAGAGGACAUGUGUCUUCUCUACAUCGAUAUUCUAACAACAAUCAUGAGAACAGGGCCAUCUCCAAGGUGUUUAAAGGUGGUGGUAAACAACAACUCAAGAAAAAGUAUCAAGGAGCAUCAGUAAUUAUGUUGAUGUCUCGGAGCUCUGCGUUUCUGACUCGAAAUAUCGCUCGAACAUCAUCACCAUCAUCAUCAUCCAUAAGGAACCUAUCCGCCUCUCGACUCAAUGCUUUUGACUCUGAAAUAGACUACGAUGUGGUUGUAAUUGGAGGAGGACAUGCAGGAUGUGAUGCAGCAGCUGCUGCUGCUCGAACUGGUGCCAAGACUGCACUAGUGACACAGCGAUUAGACACAGUUGGCGAGUUGAGUUGCAACCCUUCCAUUGGGGGUAUUGGCAAGGGGCAUUUGGUGAGAGAAAUUGACGCUUUGGAUGGCCUUAUGGGAAAUAUUGCAGAUGAGGGUGGAAUUCAUUACCGUAUGCUCAACAGACGGAAGGGUCCAGCUGUCAGAGGUCCAAGAGCACAAAUGGAUCGAGAUUUGUACAAAGAUGCAAUGUUCCGAACACUGAAGGAUUACCCAAACCUACAUUUGAUCGAAGCGAGUGUUCAAGAUCUCCUAUUAGACGAAUCAAAGAGCCCACUGGAAUCUUUAGCCCCAAUGCUGGAAGACACGGAUAAGGUAGACCCAGUAACGGACCGCAAGGCCAGAAUUCGUGGAGUUGUUGUUGAAAAGUCAGAUGGAACCAGGGAUGAAAUUUUGUCAAGGACGGUUGUUAUCACAACAGGUACCUUUCUGCGCGGAGUUCUAAUGCUUGGGCAUGAAAGAUAUAGUGGAGGUAGACACUUGAGAGAUUCCGAAAAGGUCGAGCCACCAUCGGUCGGGCUUGCUCAAACGUUGGCGAGAUUUGAUUUCCCACUUGGCCGUCUAAAGACUGGUACUCCUGCGAGAAUUGAUGGCAAGAAAAUCGAUUGGGACAUUUUGGCUCCCCAACCAUCAGAGAUUCCAGCCACUCCGUUUUCCCACUUGAGACAGUUCCGGGGUGAACAACCACCAUUGAUUGCCCAGAACCGUCUCAUUACGUGCCAUCAAACAGCCACCAACGAAGAGACCCACAAGCUUGUCAUGAAGUACGAAGAUACCCUCCCGAUUUACGAUGGGCUGGAUGGAGCAGGAAAUGGGCCUAGAUACUGCCCUUCCAUCUACAAGAAGGUUGUUCGCUUCCCAGAACGUACCGGCCACAAUUGUUUCUUGGAACCAGAAGGUCUGAAUACUGACAUUGUCUAUCCCAACGGAAUGAGUGGCCCAUACCCUGAAGAAAUUCAACUAAAGAUUUUGCGCUCUAUGAAAGGACUCGAGGAAGUUGAAAUUGUUCGACCAGGUUACGAUGUCGAGUACGAUUUUGUAAACCCAACAUCCUUGACACACACCCUUGAAACCAAAAAGAUUGGUGGUUUGUAUUUGGCUGGUCAAAUUUGUGGAACUACUGGAUAUGAGGAAGCCGCUGCCCAAGGUAUUGUAGCUGGUGCUAAUGCUGGAAGAGCCGCCGCUGCUGCGUCCAGUGGCCUUGCUCUUCCAGCUCCCUUUGUGAUUGGCCGUGACGAAGGCUAUAUUGGGGUAUUGAUUGACGAUUUGGUGACUCGUGGAACGUCCGAGCCAUACCGAAUGUUCACUUCUCGAGCAGAAUACCGUAUCAGUCUACGUGCCGACAAUGCCGAUUUGCGAUUGACUCGCAAGGGUCAAGAGGCUGGUCUAGUCAUUAAUGAAGAGCGCAUUGCCUCUGUGGCGACAAGGGAAUUCAUGAUCGAUGAGCGCAUCGAAAAGUUGCAAAACUUCAACAUGAAAGUUGUUGACUGGGCUGAACGAGGAGGAAAGGAUCUUAUGGGAGGAGCACAAAUGGGCAAGAAGUCUGGCGAGAAGAAGACCUCCGUCGAAGUGUUGCGUAUGCCCCAUGUUACCCUCAAGAAAGUGGAAGAAAUCAUGGUUGCUGUGGACAAAGAACGACGAGAAGCGGGCGAAGCCGAGGACGACGAACCUCCCAUGACCACCUCACCAGAAUCUGUAUCUGACACGGUCGAAGCUGCCAUCAAGUAUGAAUCGUACGUCCAACGGCAACACCGGGACAUGGAAAGUUGGCGCAAGGCCCAAGGAAUGAAGAUUCCUCCCGACAUGGUCUAUCAACACAAACUGUUUCCCACUUUUAGCAAGGAAGAACUGGAAAAGCUUGAUGCCAAUCGACCUGCCACCUUUGCCGAAGCCUCGCAAAUCAGUGGUGUCACACCCCAAAGUCUGGUGUACUUGUAUCAUCAUGUGAGUGGCCGUAACCGAAAGCGAGACGGUCGACGGGAUUCCAAGGCACUAGUCCAAUAG